AAUUACUCCCUCCGUCCAAGAAUAAUCUUCCCACUCUACAUUUUUUCCCGCCCAAAAAACAUUUUCUCAUUCAACUUUUUCAUACCCACUCUGCCAAAAAUACCCCUUUCAUUAAAUCUCACCCAUUAUUCCUAACUACACUUCUCCCCAUCAUUUAUUCUAUCGCUUUACUCAACCAUCCUCAGUCACUCCUCUCUGCUCCCUAUCUUAUCCGAUCUAAACUCUUCAGUUCCUUCCCAAACCCUACAUCACUUCUUCGUCUCCUAGAUCCGCAAUGGAUUCGUACGAUUUACGCUUCAAAUCCAUUAUUCUGGAGACACAAUUUGAAGAUGUUGGAGUUGAUGACGGUGAUUUCAUCUUUGAUAAGGAGGAAGACGAGGGUAGACUUGUCUGGAACAAUAUUGGAGGCAACGUGAACACUUUCUGCGCUGGUGGCGUGAAGAAUUGGAUCUACAUAAAUGUUUUGCAAAAGAGAAAUAGCAACAUUGACGAUGACUGGGGCAUCAUUUUCGACACUACUUGCUGGUGGAUUUGGCAAUGGAGAAACGCUAAGACGUUUGGUGGCGAGGAACCAGACGACAAACCAAAACUCGAUUGGAUCACAGAGAUAGUUAGAGAUACUAACAAUGACUUUAUGAGGCAACGUUUGGUAAUUAAUACUCACAAAUCCACUGAUCGUUCGUUUAGGUGGACGAUGUCUCACAAUUGUGAUUGGACUCUCAAUGUUGACGGGAGCUACAAAGCGUCAAUCAACAAAGCAGGUAUUGGUGAGGUUCUCCGAAAUAAGAAAGGUGAGUGGAAAGGUGGUUUUUCAGCCAAGGUUAGUCCAAAAAUCGUGGUGACGGUGGAAGCAAUGACCAUCGCUUCAGGCAUUCAAUGGGCCUGGGAAAAGGGCAUUCGAGAGCUUGAGAUUGAGACAGAUGCAGGCAUGGUUGUAAUGUGGAUGGCCGAACAUAAUUCUCUUAGAGGCCCUACACGCAAUAUCAUUGAUGUUAUUAAGGAGUGGAAAAAGAAGUAUACAAGGAUCAAGUCAAGAACAUCUUUCGUGAACAGAACUUUGCAGUUGACCACCUUGCCAGCAUUGGAGCCUCUCAACAUGCAAAUUGGAUCAAGCAAGAGGAUCCCCGCCCAAGGUGGAGGAUAUCAUUUCCGAAGACAUGAAUGAAGUCACCAGAGUUCGUAAGGUGAACACAAAUACUCACAUUAACGACUUAUAUUAGGGUCUCCCCUCUCCCUCUUGAUAAAAAAAAGGGGUAACUGGUUU